CGGGAACUGUCGCCAUUUUGAAAGAUGUACACAAAUAUCGUUGCCAAGUGGUUGACCUACCAAAAUAUUUUUAAAUUUUAACUUUAAAACAUUAAGACUUUAUUAUUUUUGUUAAUGGAAUGAAACAAUAUGCCUAGAAAGUUACCCUUCAGAGUGAUUCAUGCCUCCGGACAGGACGAAAGUUACAGAGCAUCAGAACUUAAUUACCAUAGUCCUUUGACCAAGGGAUGGCAGGCAUCAAGAUAUUGUUUGUACCCACAAGACAUUGUGCUACAGUUGGACCAACGAUGUCGUUUACGCAAAAUACAAAUUUUGUCUCACCAGUAUCUUAUAGCAACCAAGAUAGAAUUUUUUGUUGGUGAUGUCCCAGAAGAUAUGUCACCUAAUCUGGAGAAUGCCAGAUAUACAAGACUUGGAUAUGUAUCAUUAUCAGACAAUGAAAAAACAGGAUUUAAGGCCAGAGAACUCAAGUCUGUACACGUGGAUGCUGUAGGCCUGUACCUGAAACUCAACAUUCAUAAAAACCAUAUCAACAAAUAUAAUAUUUAUAAUCAGGUUGGAAUUAUAGCAAUAAAUGUGAUAGGAGAAACACUGAAAGGACCAUCAGAUUUUAUGGACCCUGAAUAUUAUCUUGACCCAGAUAGAAAAGGACAACUUGAUGAUUUAGGAUUAGAUACGUACAAUAAACCCGACUAUAUAUCUCCAUUAGAUGACUUAGCAUUUGACAUGUACCAAGAUCCAGAGAUUGCUGGAAUCAUCAGAAAACUGGAAAAAAAGAAACAAGAAGCUGUUCUACAAGAAAGAUUUGAUUAUGCAAAGAGAUUAAAGUCAGCAAUAACAGAAUUACAGAAGGUUGGAGAGAAGUUAGGGAAGUAUGAAGUGGAGAAACGUCAGGCCGUGGAGAAUGAAGAUUACGACAAAGCAAAACUAAAGAAAGUACAGAUGGAUGAAUACAGAUUACAAGUGUACAGAGACUUAAACUUGGCAGAUCUACUGGAAACUACUGGGUCUCGCCACCCCCAAGUUAUAGAUUUAGAGCCAAUACGACAAGCCACACCUCCCAGAUUACUGGAGUUGACCCCAAGGUCACCAAUUCAAAGGUCACCUCCACGAACACCUCCUCCUAGGACACCUUAUGAUGAGCGACCUCUGCCUGCUCUGAAAAGUAAAGACACGCCCAGAGAAUUACCAUCAACACCACCUCCCAGGACAUCUUAUGAUGAACGCCCUCUACCUGUCAAACCUCCUGCUGUUCCUGAUGAGGAGCCAGAACCAGCAGAAACUGCAGUUGGAAUAACUGGUGAACCAGAACCAUUGACAGAGAAAGAUCUGAGGGAAGCUUCAGCAGCCAUUGAUGUGUUUGGCGAACAACUGGUGUCCAAAGCUUACAGUAAAACUUGGUCAUACAGAGAAGAUGCCUUGCUAGCUGUUUAUAAACAGAUGCAGGAUCUCCCGGCCACGGCACCAAAAGAUGAAGCUAAGUCCAUGAUAAGAGCAACUAUAUUCCUUGUCAAAAAAGCAAUAGAUGAUAAAGUUUAUGCAGUGUUCAAGGCAGGUCUACACUUGUUGAAAAUGAUUUUAACAGAAUAUGUACCUAAACACAAAAUACAGAAACAAGAUACAGUUUGGGCUGUGGAGAGAUCUAUGCAAAACUUACUUCAUAAGUCUGGUGAUACAGCUGUGAGAAAUAGAGAUGAUGCCAAGAAUUUCGUUUUAGAAAUGGCAAGAUAUCCUGAAGUAAAGCCAACAAACUGUGUUCCCCAUGAAGCUGUGAAACCUAUGAAGAAUAGUGUGGCACCAAGACUGGGACAGAGUCGAUGUGAAAUUGUAGAAAUGUUAUACAAAGACUUAGGGAUCAAAACAAAUAGUGGUUUAAACAUUGAUAACAUAAUGCAGUUCUGUGUAGCAGCUUUAGGUCAUCACGCAGGAGAAGUAAGGGACGUGUCAGAACGUAUCAUUAAAGCCAUAUACAAAGAGGACCGACAGGCCGUGAAGGAUUAUCUACCAGCAGAUGAUGAUAAAACAAGGAAGAUAACUCUGUAUAGACAGCUGUUUGAGUACUUUGAUAAAGUCGAUGGGAAACCAAGUAAAGCUGAUGUCAGGAAAAAAAGGUCAGAUGAAGAAACAAAGAAGCAAGCUGAGAUCGAGGCUCUUCAGAAACAGUUACAGUCGCUGAAAGAUAUGGCAUCGGGAAAACAGCCUGUCGAUGAAAACCUUCUGAAGGCUGAUAAAAAUAAAAAGAAAAAUGAGCCACCAAAGAAGUCUAAAAUAAUUAACAAGAAACCAACAGCUGAUGAUGAUGACACUUCUGUUUACAAUAUGGAUAAUAUUUGUAUAUUCUGUGGUGAAAGGAAUGAAAGUUUUACAGAAGAAGGACUUGAUUUACAUUACUGGAAACAUUGCCCUAUGUUAAAACGUUGCACAAACUGUAAACAAGUGGUAGAAAUAGCGACAUACACGGAUCAUUUACUGAACGAGUGUGAGGCUAAAAAUAAUUACUCCAAAUGUAACCGAUGUACUGAAGCCAUUCCAAAGUCUGAAUAUGAUCAACACGUGUCUGAAAAAAGCUGUAACGCUGCCAAAAGUUCAGCCAACCACUGUCCACUUUGUCACCAGAAUGUUUCAUCUGGUGAAGACGGCUGGAAAAACCAUCUGAUGGGCAAAGAUGGCUGCAAACAGAAUCCUCGACGUCUCCUUUCACUAAAUAAAAAUCCAUCAACAGGUGGUACAUCAAAGAACAAACCAAAAGCCACAGGAAAGAACAAGAAGACUCCAAGAUAACUUUUUAAGACUAGACAAUUUAUAGUGCUAUAUUUUAUAGGAGAUAUUAUUAUGAUAUAUAGUUAGACUAUAUAACACUAUUGUACAACAGUGAUCACAUGACCCAAUCUUUAGUAGGAACAAUUUUCUUGGUCUCUAUUUGCAAUUAAAUUCUUAGACAGGGAAAUAUCUCAGAUUAUGAUUUAUGAGAGACCAGUAGCUCUGAGUCAUACAUCUAGUUUAGACUCAUAGAAAUGGCCCAGGAAUUUAGAUCUGGCUUUGAGUGGAAUAUCUUGGUCUAGUUCACAGAUCUGGGUUUAAAUCUUAGUUUAGUUUCUGAGAUGAGAUUUCUGAUCAGGUUCUUGCACUGGUGUCAUCCACUCUGGUUUGUACCUCAGUCACCAAUAUAUGCCUGUGAUGGUCAGGUUCUUGCACUGAAAUUAGCCAGUCUGGUUUGUACCUCAGUCACCAAUAUAUGCCUGUGAUGGUCAGGUUCUUGCACUGAAAUUAGCCAGUCUGGUUUGUACCUCAGUCACCAAUAUAUGCCUGUGAUGGUCAGGUUCUUGCACUGAAAUUAGCCAGUCUGGUUUGUACCUCAGUCACCAAUAUAUGCCUGUGAUGGUCAGGUUCUUGCACUGAAAUUAGCCAGUCUGGUUUGUACCUCAGUCACCAAUAUAUGCCUGUGAUGGUCAGAUUUUAGAACAAGACAUGUUUUCAUACCAGUCGGAAUCCAAAACAACAGUGACAUACACACAUUGCCCCGUUCCUGCACAUUGAACCUUGAACGACUUUGGUCUUGUUUCUAUGCCACCUGUUAUAAUGCAUCUAUGUAAACUAUCAGCUCUCCUAACAUUCUUGAUAAAUCUAAGUUCUGCCAUUAAGCUUCAUACAGGAAGAUGUUUUAUCUGUGGUAUAUAUGAUAUAUAUGAUACAGUACUGUGUAUUGUUGACCUUCAUAUGACUUUGUGUCUUCUGAUUGCUGUCCCAUUGAUUUACCACUCUCCUCCUGUUCUUGGUACAUCCUAAAUUUAUCCCUUAAAUAAGCAUUGGGACCUCUUCAGCAACUAUAUAACUUACAAAAUUUGUUCUUAUUGUUUAAAUAUAAGAUUUUCCAAAUACUAUUUUACUGAAGAAGUGAUUUAAACGGUCCACUGUUUUAAUUCUUCUAUUUACAUUAUAUUUGUUUUAUGAGGAAGUAAAUUACAUUAAUGUAUUUUUAAUCAGACUGUUUUCUAGGUAUACAGUUCCUUACUCUGCCCUUCUUAACAUAUAAGUAAUUUUUUUAAAGUCCAUUCAUAGUUAAGUUUUCUUUGGUUUGGGAGGGGUUAAAGAAAUGGUAAAGUGUUCAACCACUCAAUAUAAAACAUGAAAUGUAAAAAAAAAAGAUUAUUUAAAAACACAAAACCUUCAACUUUUGACCUUUUCGACAUGAUUUUAUCAUCAAAACAUUAUUUAUGUGACAUUUGUUACAUUUUCUUUCAAAACAGUUAAACUUAUCUGCAAUAACUCUAGUGUCGAAGUAUGGCAAAAUGAAUUUCAUCUGAUAAAAAAUUUACUACGUAAGUUUUCUUAUCUUUAUUUUUUAAAUUGAGUUGAUUUGCUAGAUUAAAUUAAAAAGAUAUUACAAGGUAGCAUAGGUUAUUUAUGGAAAAAUGAUGUUUUUUUUAAUAUAAUUCAUUCAUGAAGACCCAUACAACAAAAGGUGUUAAAUUACAGUUGUUAUGAACUAUGAAAUGAUAAUAUUUUAUGCAGUUGAUGAUGUUUUUGUAUGUGUAUUACAAUGUUGAGGAACUCCAUAUUUAUAUCUGAAAUAUUAUACAAUAGUUUAUAAGAGUUUUAUAAAGAAAAACUUGCCCUCCAAGAUGAAUUCCUCUGGUGCCAAUAGAUGUAUUGUUAAGAAUUAUUUAUGUAUAAUUAUUGAGUAACAUAUUAUAGAAUAAAGAAUCUCUUUCAUAUCAAAUUA